CAUUUCCCAGUUGCAACUGCACCUAAUCUCACAAGUUGAGAACCUCAGACGAGGCGACCACGUCCUCUUCCACUCACGCCAACCUCUCACCCCCCCUAGCUUGCCGGCGAGCAUCGACCAUGGCGGCCACCAACCCAUGACCAGGCACCAACUCCACCUCCCGCAUGCCUUAAUUGAUCGACCGAUCGGCCCCUGUCAUCCCCGGACACCGCCGGCCCGCUGCACAGCAGCGUGCGUACGUACCGUUCUUCUUCUUCGACGGCGGCGGCGUGAACCUUUGCUUCCGCGGCCGGCGACGAUGAUGGUGAUGGGCUACUUACGCGCGCCCAGGAUCGGCGGCAGGAAGAAGAAGGAGAAGAAGAGCAAGGCCGGCGCGGCGCCGCGGGCCGAGGACGCGGGGCUCCGGGAGGCGCUGCUGGAGCCGGCCGGCAGCGACGGCGGCGGCGUGCUCCCCAAGGGGUACUUCGCGGUGUACGUCGGGGAGGAUGCGCGCCGGUUCGUGGUGCCCACGGGGUACCUCCGGGAGCCGGCGUUCCGGGACCUCAUGGAGCGCGCCGCCGACGAGUUCGGCUUCGCGCAGGCCGGCGGGCUGCGCGUGCCCUGCGCCGAGGAGGACUUCGAGGAGCUGCUCCGCCGGCUCCACCGCAAGAAUAGCGGCUCCGGCAGCGGCAGGGGGAAGAACUAAGGAGGAAGGUCCGUCGCUCCAUUAGCCAGAGCUUGGAGGACGUCGCCAUGCAUGGCAGCGGCUCCGGCGGCCGUGCCGUGCCGCGCCGGCGAGCACGUAGAAUGACGAGUUUAUUUACCUUCAAUUGAAAAAUUAAACUAGGUAUAGAUCGCUUCUCGUUUGGUUCUAUAGAUUGUACAGAGUGCAAACGGCCACAUGCAUGAUGGUGUAGCUUAGCUGCGUGCAUGGUGUGUUGACUCGUCAUCGAUCGUUGGUUUCAUGGAAGGUUGGAAGUUCAUAUCGUUCAUCUCC